UUUUUUUUUUCUACUCACAUUCGCUCAACGACAAAAAACGAACAAUGUCUACUGCUGAACCUGUCACCAUCCAUAGAACUGAUGCUGAUGGAUCUCUUUCAUCAGAAUACUCUACUACUCCCAACGGUACCAUAUACGGUUCUACUCCCGGAGGUACUCGUGUUAUUUAUGAUCGUACUACCUUGUUAGCUUUGGCAAAUAGUCAACUUGCAAAGACUCCUCCCAACCGUAUGGCUCAUGUUCCUGGUAUUACUAAAUCAAACCCUCAAGAAAAAUCCACCCCUAGUGCUACCUCCGCUUUUGUUGGUGCCUCUCCUUAUCGCAAGGUACUUGAACGAAAGAAGGAAGAACAAGAAAAGAAGAAGACUUAUAACCCUUUUGCUUUACUCAAUGAAGAAGAAGACGAUGUUUUUGAUAUGGAUGAAUAAACUGGAUGUUAGUUUUUUUUUUUUUUUUUUUUGGUGAC